AGAAAAUCACAACUUUUUCUCUGGCGCCGUUUCUUAGACCAUUGACCGAAAAUCUUCAUCACACAAUUCCCCACUAUAAAUACCCUUCCCCAAAUUCUCUCCCUCAAAAAUUCAUUUCAUUUCAUUUCAUUUCUCUGAAACUUUAAUCAUUUACUUUAUCCCAUGGCUGAUAUGAAGCAAUCGACGAGCUUUCCCGGUGACCGGCGGCAACCGAGCCGGCUACAACGGCGGGCGCCGGCAUCGAUUCAAAUAAACCGUUCAACCGAUUGGAAUGUGGCGAUACCACUUUUAUCACCGUUGAUUUCAUCGCCGACUUCUCCUGAUUCUAGCAACUUAACUGUAGAAAUUAAUUCCGUUUGCAAUAAGAAGGUGGAGGUAAAGGAGAAGCCGGCGGCGGCGGCGGCGGCGGCGGUUUUAGUGUUUAAGAAGUGGCAACAUCCUGCGACGCCGUUUUGUUACGAGGCGACUCCGUUAGUGCCGUUUGUAUUAUGUACGGAAACAAUCUAACGGCGUUUAUUUUGAGCUAUUUACUUUUCUUAAAAUGUUAUAAAUAAUACUUAGAAGAUUUUGUUUAUAGAUUUCUAUGUACACUGUUGAUAAUUUCUAGCUUUAUUUUGUACCUUUUUUCCCCUUAGUAAUUAGCAUGCUGAUUUUGUAUAACUAGGUGAUUAACAAGUUGUAAGCACAGAGGUAAUUUCAUUUACAUGCUCAUUAUUUGCCGGAAAAUUAA